CCCGUUGCCAUAGCAGCAGGCUAAGCGUGAUAUAGCAGCUUCAAUGCUCCAAGGUGGUGCUUAGGUUCUGCUAUUUGUGCAGUCGUUUAGGAGUAGGUAGCAUAGGAAAGUGAGGUGAAUUAAAAUGAAUUAGAAAAGGAAAUGCGGAAAUAUCUCUAAAAUGGAAGAAAAUCCCGCUUCUCCUUCAAUUGAGGACAAUGAUUCUCCGAACAAUGCGACCGAAACACAAAACGAAGAGAUAGCAGAAGAACUGGAAGAUACUAACGAUACUGGAAAUAAAACAGAAAGAUCAAAGUCUCGUGUUCCUUCUGCAUUGACUGUAGAAAAUUUGAAAAAACAUGAAGAAGAAACAGAAGUUAUCGAUGUAGUUGAGUUAAUGACCAAAAAUGUUGAAGAUGAAAAUGAAGAAAAUAAGGAAAAAGCUGAUGAAGAUCUUUCACUGGACAAAAGGGAAGAAAAGAUAAAUGAUGAUUUUGUAACUUCAAUGCCACUACCGCCAAUAGGUAAAGGAAACACAGUAACUGACUAUGAAGAACCACUUGAAUAUGCUGCGGAGGAUAGAUCUGCAACUCCUAUUGGAGAGAAAUUUGCAAGAAAACAAGAUGAAGCUGUCAAGUUAUUAUCGGAUGUAUGGUCGCAACCUAAGAAACAAACAGUGGAGCCGAUUAUAUCACCAGCUAUUCGAGAAGAAGUCCGAGGGAUCAAAUUUACAGGCGAAGAAUAUACUGCGAUAUCAAUUGAUGUACAAACUGAUGAAAGUUGGAUGGCUGAAAUGUUUGAAUGGCCACAAACUAACGUGGAGGAUCAUCAUCAUCACCGGGAUAUUUCUACGUUUCAGUCACGACCAGCCUUAGCUACUGCAGCAUCUGACGGAACCAGAGGAUAUGUUUCUGAUAAUAGAAGGCAAAGAAAACACAUCACAUCUGAUUUAUCAACUUCUGAAAUUAUUGAUGAUGAAAGUGUUUUACAUAUCACACAAUCACAAUCAGAUGGUGUGGGAAAAAAGAAAGAUCAUUCAACUGUACCUGAAAGUGACACAGAAGAUGAAAACCCUAUCACAGAGCUAACAGAAUCUGAAUUUGGUGGUUCAGAAGCUCUUACCCAUACUUCGCAUGGUACAAGCCAAACAUUGCCCAGUGUCGGCCCACCUUUCAUUCUACAAUAUAAAGCGGAAUCUCAGAUGGAACAAGUAGAUUAUGGAGAAAUUGAUAUUUCUAUUCCUGAUCAUCUUAACUGGGAUGAGAUGAAUCCAGAUCAGAAAGGUUAUUAUCGAGGAAUGAUGAAUGAUAUGAAACAAUUUCGAUUGGAUAAAAUGUCUUCAAUGAUUCCAGAAAACGAAUUAAUCAAUAUUGAGCCACAUUCCGCCUAUGGAAGUCGUCAGGAUAGAAAACUUGCCAAAGAAAGGGAGAGAGAACGAAGCAGGAUGCGAGAGAUGGAGAAACAAGCGAAACAACAUGCAGGAACUGGUGGACAAAUGUUGGCAAAUCAAACAAACUUCUAUGCUUUUGCGAGACAAUUGAAGACUGUCAACUAUUCAUUGUCAUCUGAGAAAUGCAUGGAAGAAGGUUGGACAAUACGACCUGUAACACCACCUACACCUGGUGAAGAAGGCUCUGACAUAUUUGUUUAUGAUCCAAAUGAUGAUAUCGUUAGUGGGAAGAAAUAUCAACACACAUUUGUAAGAAGGUUGUAUCCAAAUGGUGGAAUCUUCUUGACAGUAUUUCCUGAUGGCACAGGAAAUGUUUGGUAUCCAUCCGGUACUGUUGCAUUCAGUAUUAUUGCCAGUGAGAAGAUUGGAAAGUUGACAUUCAUUGUACAUGAGGACAUUGAACCAACUGACGGCCAGAACAUUCAGGCAAUAUUUGAGCCUACAGGAAACUGUACUUGCUAUUACCCAAAUGGUAUUGUCAGAUUGUUGCUUAGUCCUGUUGGCGGUGAAUAUUUCAGCCCUCGAGGUGAGAGGAUCAAGAAGUGGAUUUGGAAAGAUGCUCAAACUCAUGUUCACGCCCCUCCCUUUCAACCGAUAACAUUUGCACUCAGUAGAAAAGUAGGAAUACGAAUCAUGUCACAAGAAAGUAUCUACAUAACAUUCACUGAUCGUGCAAGAAGUGUUAGAUUCAAUGCAGGAACGAGAUUAAGGCUGAAGCCAGCCACAUUGCUACCAAAACUUGAACAAAUUGAUCCAACUCAAGUCUUGUUAGAAGAGCAAAGAGUUCAUGUACAGAGUAUUAUUCAAAGAAUAAACAAUAAUCUUAAAUUCCCAAAUUCACCCCGUCUGAAAAAUAUUCAACUUCCAAAUUAUUUGACUUCACAACUUGAAAAAACAGCAAGAUUGAAGGAAAUAUUACUUGAACAAGAAUUUAAUGAUCCAUUGAGAAAGAAAAGCAAAAAGAAACUAUCAGGACUUUCUCGACACAGGUCUUUGCCAUCCACUCGAAGCGAACCCAUCCAGGUUGUUGAAAGAGGACUUAGAAGACAUAGUUUAUUCAGAAGACAAAAACAACGUGAAGAUACCAAUGAAAUUCAGCCAGUUGUUAUAGUCAAUUAGAUAUUCGAGUUAGGAAUAUUUGCUUUUUACUUCAAUACUGCCCAAACUUUAUUAGUUUAACCCAUCAAAUAAUGAAUUGAAAUUUGCAACACAAAGUUCAGUAGAACAGUAUAAUUGAUGUUAUUUUUUGAAGCAUUCAUUUGAUUAGAUUGUUUGAUAUCAAAUUUGCAAAAAAAGUCUUGUUCCAAAUUAAAAGUGUACUAUAAUAUAAAAAAAACACUAGAUUUGAGCAGCUAUGUCCAAUUCAAGUAUGUUUACAAAUAAGUUUUGUCUGUAAACUGCCUGCUAAAAGAUGGAUAAUUAAAAUUAACUUCUACUAUCAGCCCUAUUCUGGGAACAUUGGUGAAUCCUAUGUAUUCUCAAUUUCAUUGUGAUUUUAUAUAUAACUUGUAUGUCAUCAAAACAUCCUCUGCUAUCAAGUUCCUUUUUCCAUAUCUAGAUUCUUAUUUAUAUAACAUAAUAGUGUACGGUGCCAAAUUAUGCAAGUGCCAUAUUAUAUAUUCAGUUGUUUGGUAGUAUUUAGACAGUUUAAAUCGUUGCAAACUUUUCAUGACAACAUGCAAAAACCUCAUUCUUUUCCUCCAUAGAAUAACAUUAUAUAGUAUUUAACACUUCUGUCCUUUUCUUACUAGCUUAUAGCUCUUGCAACUGUACUUUUACGUCCAUAUUUAUAUUUUCUAACGAUUUGCGCUCAACUGGUAUUGCAAACUGGUUUUACCUUAACUGUUAAUAUGCUUUACCUAA